UGAUGUAUGACGGUUCGCCUUUUCAUCACUUUGGCCUGGAGCCAGUCGUGAGUCAGUGUUAACUAAAUGUAACAGCAAUGACAACAUAUCUAGUGAAAUCGCACAAGUGGGGUUUGGGGAAGGCAGAGUGUCCGCAAACAUUACCCCUCCACUAGUGGAGGUAGAGAGGAAUCAUUAGUUCGACCAAGGAUAGGAGAUACAAUUUUAUUGUUAAGCUAUCUAUUAGGGAAAUAAUUGAAGAGCUUAUGGAAAUCAUGAAGGAGAUCUUGACAUUUCAUGAAAACAAAGAUAAAAAGGAAAUCUUGAGAUUUUAUGAAAUAUAGUGUUCGUAGGAAGAAGAGACGGUUGCACCUAUUCUAGAAAAAUAAAAAUAAAAAGAAUGAGUGAUGGUUGGCAUCUCCCUAAUUUGUAAAAAAGAGGUUGGCAUCUCCCUUGACAAGGAUGGGAAACAAAAUUGAGACUUCAUUCAAAUGACAAGAAAAAGUAAUGCCAUUGAAGGAGGAAAAUGAGUUGUAUUGGGAAUAAUUUACUGAUGAUGAGGUGUAGCCAGUUUUUAAAGUAAUGCAGGGGAAAAUGCGAGGAAAUGAUCUUCUACGGUCACUUACAAUCCAAAUAGAAGAAAAUGAUCAUUUCAGAUCUGUGACACAGAGGAAAUAUAGGAGACUGUUAUUGUGGACUCGGAUUGCCUCAGUAAUUACAGUGCUGCAACUUCUUGGGGCUGUUUUUCUUUUGUUCAGUGUCACCAAUCUUUUGCAUCAUGAUACAGCAUCAAGCAACUGUCUGAGAGGGAUUCUCUCAAAUGGUUCGAAGUGGCAACACACCAUGCUUAUUCUUUUUAUGGUUAUUAUAUCUUAUGUGGCUCCAGUACAAUGUUUUACUGGGGCUGACGUCUUGAGAUGGAGGUCUUUCUACGCAACAGAAGAUAAUGCUUGGAGGGCACAUUAUAGGGAGAUAUUUGAUCAUGGCAUUCGUGAAGCUUUGUGCUGUCUGGGACGGGUCAAAUACUUGACUGUGCUAGAGGAAGAUGAAGUUUGUUCUGUGGCACAGUUACUUGGUGAUCUUGUCACUUACCGUGCAUCUGGAACAGGUCAUUUGGAGCUCUUGGCAGGACUAGCUUUAUUGCAGAAUCGUUGUUCCUUCUCUAAAUCAUAUGAAGAGUCAAUGGUUGUACCCAUGGAAAGGAUGCGCAAGGCUGCUUUCUACCAUCCAUUUGCUGAAGCAGCCUACACGGGUCUAUUACUUGAUAUAGGAAGAAAUCCUGUACUUUUUUCUUGUUCAUGGCUCUAUAGGCAAGGCAUUCUUGCUCCCUGGCUUUGGAACAGGCGACCUUUACUAGAAGGUGACAACUGGUGGCGAGGUCAUGCAGCAGCCUUCUUGAAACAUGUUCAUUUGUCAGCACAUAUGCUCAGGAAAGGGCGUGUUAAUCAAGGGAAGUGUAAAGCAGCAUACUUUAUUGUGGUUUUGCAUAAUGUGAAAUCUGUUGUAAUUGCUGUGAGGGGAACUGAGACCCCUGAAGACCUCAUAACUGAUGGUUUAGGCAGGGAAUGCUGCCUUACUGAAGAAGAAUUAGAUAGCCUGCUAAAUGGCAAUCAUUGUGACCCAUGCAUUCGUCAAAGAGUGGUUUCAUCCACACCACACUAUGCACACUCCGGAGUAGUUGAGGCCGCACGUGAUCUUUACAUGCAAGUAGAUGGAAAUUGUGGAGAUGGUGGAUUUCUCUCUUCAAUGCUGGGAGUAGGUUGUGAGUGUGAGGGAUAUGGUGUGCGAAUAGUGGGACAUUCCCUUGGGGGAGCUAUUGCUGCAGUACUGGGAAUGAAGCUACGCAAACAGUACCCAGAUUUACACGUCUACACAUAUGGUGCUCUCCCAUGUGUGGGUCUGGUGGUAGCAGAUGCUUGUUCAGAAUUCAUUACCAGCAUUGUAAACAAUGAUGAAUUUUCAGCGCGCCUUUCAGUAGCAUCAAUUAUGAGACUUCAAGCAGCUGCACUCAAGGCACUAUCAGAAGAUGGCACUGUUGAUAUUACAACAAUUCUUAAACUUGCUCAUCACUUUACUUCAUUGAGUGUCUGUCAGAAAAGCAUGAACGACGGAGAAUCGUCAGUGAAUUCUUUGACAGCAAUGUCAAGUUGUACAAACCAAAUCAACCAUAGCCAGCUCGAAAUUGGAUUGGUAAAGUGUGAACCAGGAUCCUCUGUUUUGCAUGACAUAGAUACAGAUUUUAGCUCUGAUGAUAAAAUCAGUUUGACUGAAUCAGCAAAUCGUUUCAGCAGUCCUUUCAAUUGCUCCACUUCUGAUUCAAGUCCAUUUAGUGAUCCUUUAACCGAAUUUAUGGAGGCUGUUCCAUCUUCGGAAAAUAAGUCGUCAUUGAGUAUCCCAGAGUUGUAUUUACCUGGUCUUGUUAUCCAUAUUGUGCCACAGAAGGAUGGCCUUCAUAAGCCACUGUGGAAGCGCUGGAGACCUUGGGAGAGAAGAUGCAGGUUUAGGGCCUAUGUAGCGAAAAGAGAAGCAUUCAAAGAUAUAAUAGUAUCACCAUACAUGUUCCUGGACCAUCUACCUUGGAGAUGUCAGAAUGCACUGGAAAACAUACUGAAGACUGGACAACUUAAAACUCCAGAUGAUGCAUCUGAAAUUGUGUGAUUGCUGACAAGAGAAUGCCAAUUCAGUCCACUUGGUUCUUGAAAAAGCAUCAUUGUAGUAGUCUGGCAAACCAGAUAUCAUUGGAAAGUACUGAUUCAUAGACAGGACCAUGACAAUUAACUGAACAGGCAUUUACUUCCAAGGAUGUACCAGAUCAACCGAAGCAUAUGUAUCGUCAUUUUUCUUGACAAGAUUCCACAUAUAUUUCCUCAAGUAGUCAACUACGAUGUAUGCUAUCAUUGCAUAUGGCGACCCUUUGUCUUGGGUGAUUCACAACCUCAUCAGAGCCUGCAUUCAGAACUGCUUCACAACAAGUCAACUGAAUCAUUUUAUGUAUUCUAAUUGUAUAAGCACUCUGAGGGUUAUAUCCUUUCUUUUUGACUUUGGAAGGGCGAUAAACUGAGGGAAGGGCAUCAUAAUAGAUUUCAGUCUGGAUUGUUUCAUUUGAUACGUUGUGUAUAUAGAAGAACAAUUUCAUCA